AUGAGCGGGACGCCAGCGAUUAAAACUCAGUCAUUGUUCACUGAGAUAAUCGAGCCGAGAAGACUUUACAUCCUGUUCUCUCGCAUGGACAGCAGCAACUCGGACAUGACCGCCAUCAAGGUGACUGACAUACAAUACCCCGAUCCGAUAUCACUGGACUCUAUCAUAUCGGCCGCAAAAAACUAUCUAGUAUACCCAGCUUUGUCGGCCAUGCUGGGAUUCAUCACUGGCGGGCCGACCGGCGCGGUGGUGGCAGGGGCAAGCCAUGUCAUCAGUAAGGACGUGAAGGACCUGGUUCCGACUCAACACCUGGAUGUGGUGAAGGAGGUCUUGGAGAGGACAAAAACGAAGGUGGCGGAGACAGGGGCUGUUGGCGCCCCAUUACAGGAGAAAAGACCAGAAUGA